GGUGCGCGUUCUAGUAAACAAGUUGUGUGCGAGUCGCGCGGGGAAUCUGCGCCCCGAGUUAAUCGCGAUAUUUAUUCUCCGGCGUGGCCGUCCCGUCGCGCGCCACGACGACGCGUCGCGUUACCGUUGCUGUCGCCGCCCGUUUGAAAAAACUUUCGUUAUUCUCAAUACGAAGGUUAGGAUAAUAAACGGAUUAGCUCGGGACAACAGUGAGCUGACUGCCUACCGUGUCCCGUGUGCUAUGAGUACGUGUGCCCGCGAGUGUGAGUGUUGCUCGUGUCUGCGGAGGAAAGUGAUCACGCUGUUCACCGGUCCCGGAUCUCUAACGAGGCGACGACUUUCGGUCGUGGCCGAGGAGCGAGGGAGUUGACGCGUGUGGCGAUGACUUCGGCACACGUCUCCUUGGAAUCCCCGCCUGGACGCCGCGUUUCGGACGUCAGACCGCUGCCUGAGCUUCAGCGAGGAGGCGACAUCGGCGUUACAGGGAACGCGCACUGAGCGCUGCCAAGAUUCCCGGUCGUCGUGGGGCGAGUUUCGAAUUGGCAGGCAGGCCGAAUCGGCGCGUUUCGUACGCUCAAUGGGAUCGUCUAGAGCGGUGACCUGGCGGUUGAGCCGAUCCUCCAGCACGGUCGGCUGAUACUUCGCGUGUUCCCGCGAGCGGACGUGCGCGCGCUCUGUCCCUCGUGUGUGACUCUCUCUCGCGAUCUCCUCUCGCGCGGCACGCCCACAAAGUCUCCCGUAGACCCGCGCGCGCGGUUGCGUGAGGGUCAACGAAGCCGACAAACACGCCUCGGACAACGAGUCGAGAAGAGAUGCGCGACAUCUUCGCGCGGACGCCGGGUCUAUCGCCACAUUGACGCUCGGGCCCUCCACUCGCGCGACGCGCGAGAGACGAAUAGGGAACCAAAGAGAAGCUCGAGGUGAAGGUCCAGUCGCCGUGUCGACGGCGAAGAGAUGCGAGCGAGACGCACCGCCGCUUUACCCCUGCAUUGAAUUCGUGCGAACAACGUGUCUCACGGCCGUCCCGUUUCGCCGAGAGAUAGAGAGAGAAAGCGAGAGACAGAGAGAGACUCCGCGUUCUCCUUCAGGAGGAAUGGGCAAGAUGAAGUCGGCUGCGUGCUGCACGCGUAGACUUGCUGGCACAGCGACGUUCGACGAAGACGAACCGAGUGCUGUGCCUUCUUCUUCGGAGGCUCGCUCCAACACCUGCCACUGCCAUUGUCCAUGGAGUCGUGGCGCGUUCGAGGAAGCACUCGCGUCGCCUGCGUCGACGUCGAUGUGCGAUCGUCUUCGUGAUCGAACUGACCGUGAUCUGUUGGACGUGAUACGGACAGAGGACGGCCUCGUGGUCGGCCGAUCGAGGCGAAAACGCGACGAAAACGACACGUUGACGAAUCACUCGGAAGCGACUGAUCAAAAGCGCGAUAGAACUAGCAAGUGCGACCGAGUUCCACUCUGCGAAUCUUCUGCGAGGUGUGCUUCGAGCGUUGUGCGGUGGGGUUCCGUAGCGAGAUUCGCGGGCAGAUCAUCGAAGUCGUGGAGGAGGCUCUUCUCGAUCAUUUUGCUGAUACUCGCGUUAUCCGGCCUCGUAGCGGCGCAAAGACGCACCGCCAUCGGUCCCUCCAAGAAAGGCGGAGUGUGCCAAAGUAUAGACAUAAGGAAUAGCGUGGAUCAAUUUUCAAGACUGGAAGGAUGUCAAGUGGUCGAGGGCUUCGUACAAAUUCUCCUGAUCGACAAGGCGAACCAGGCGUCCUACGCCAACAUCAGUUUUCCUGAACUUGUGGAGAUCACCGGAUAUCUUAUUUUAUUCAGAGUGAACGGAUUGAGGAGCAUUGGUCAUCUGUUUCCAAACCUGACGAUCAUCCGCGGGCAUUCUCUCUUUGUCAAUUACGCCCUAGUGGCAUUCGAGAUGAUGCAGCUGCAGGAGAUCGGUCUCCAUUCGCUAACCACCAUACUACGUGGGUCUGUGCGAUUUGAAAAGAACCCGUCGUUGUGUUACGUCGAUACCAUCGAUUGGGACAUCAUCGCCAAAGCUGGCAAGGGAGAGUACGUCAUAUCAGGCAACAAACUUACGAACGGAUGUCCAAUGUGCGAGAAAAGUUGCCCGGAAAAGCAGACCAAGCUCGGUGAGACCAUGUGCUGGAAUCGACAACACUGCCAACAAAUAUGCGACAAGUGCGGGGACGGCGCCUGCGACAACACGGGAGCGUGCUGUCACCCUUCCUGCUUGGGGGGAUGCAACGGACCGACCGCCAGGGACUGCAAAGUGUGCAAGAACGUGGUGGCGAACGACGAGUGUAUGGAUCGCUGCCCGAGCGACACUUACGAGUUCAUGAACCGACGUUGCGUCGAGGAGCAGGAGUGCCGUCGUUUGUUGAAGCCGCGUGAGGCGUUAGACAGCGUCCCGAAUUAUCCGUACAAGCCAUUCAACGGCAGCUGCGUGAUCGAGUGUCCGCCCGGUUACAUGGACGUCGAGGUCGACAAGAAGAUGUUCUGCAAGAAGUGCGAGGGCCCGUGCCUGAAAGAGUGCUUCGCCACGAACGUGGAUAGCAUCGCGUCCGCGCAGAAGCUACGCGGGUGCACGCACAUCAAGGGCAGCCUGGAGAUACAGAUACGCGGCGGGAAGAACAUCGUGAAGGAGCUCGAGGAAAGUUUGAACAUGAUCGAGGAGAUAGACGGCUAUCUGAAGAUCGUCCGCAGCUUUCCGCUGAUAUCCCUCAACUUUCUCAAGAGUUUACGCAUAAUACGCGGCAACGUCCUCGAGAACGGCAAGUACACCCUCUCUGUGUUCGAUAAUCAGAACCUGCAGGAGCUUUGGGACUGGAGCACGCACAAGAACAUCACCAUCUUGUCCAAAGAGGGCCCCCCGAAAGUCUUCUUCCACUUCAACCCGAAAUUAUGCCUGUCGAAGAUCGAGACGUUGCGCCAGAAGGCCAAGCUGAACGCGUUCACCGACUACGACGUGGCGCCUAACAGCAACGGGGACAAGGUCGCCUGCAACGUCACCGAGCUGCAGACCAAGGUGGUGAAGGAGACAUCCAGAGGUGCGAUUAUCGAAUGGGAGGCCUUUAUGCAUCACGACACGAGGUCCUUAUUGGGAUACGUUGUUUACUUCAUCGAAGCGCCUAAGCAGAACGUCAAGAUGUACGACCGCCGCGAUGCGUGCGGCGGCGACGGCUGGAGGGUCGAGGACGUAUCCGCCGGGAGCCCGAUACCACCAUCCUACAACGGCACGAUCCUACAAGGGCCUAUUGUUCUCACUCACAUAUUGACCCAACUGAAGCCGUACACACAGUACGCUUACUACGUAAAGACUUACACCAUAGCCACGGAGAGGUCCGGCGCGCAGAGCAUGGUCAAGUAUUUCAUGACCCUGCCGGACACACCGAGCUCGCCCAGGGCCCUGUCGACCUACAGCAACUCCAGCAGCGAACUGGUCAUGUCCUGGUUACCGCCGCUCCACGCGAACGGGAAUUUGACGCAUUAUCGGAUAAUCGGCCGCUGGGAGCCCGACGACCCGAAUUUCAUCGACCAGAGGAACUACUGUGACGAACCUAUGUUAUUACCUGAGAAAAAACCAAUGUCUGUCAUGGUGGAAGAGGAGAAGAAGCGCGCCGAAGAGGAGAGAGAUCAGUCGACGAAACUGCCCGACGUAGCUACUUGCGAUUGCGCGGAUCGCGAGACGGAUCAGUCGAUGCGUGAAAAAGAAGUCUCCAGUUCGAUCGCCUUUGAGAAUGCUUUGCAUAAUCAAGUCUACGUGAAACGAAUGAGCUCGCGUAGGAGACGCGACACCAAGGGAACACUGGGACAAUCCAGAGAUUUUUACAACGACCAGAACGAGGAAAGCAGUAGUAACAAAAUCGAGAAUGGAACGUACGUUGCGUUCGAGGUAUUGGUACCGAGUACAAAUCUCACAUACGUCAUGAAGAACCUCCGGCACUUCGCUGCGUACGAUAUCGAGGUUCAAGCCUGUAGAGAACGGGUCAACGGGACGAACAUAAAGAAUUGCUCGACGAAAAGCAUGAAAACGUACCGAACGUUGGCUAUGGAAAGCGCGGAUAAUAUUCCACCGAACACCUUCAAAUUGAGCGUCUCCAACGAGAAUAAUAGUAUCACCGUGGUCAUGUUGUUUUGGGACGAGCCAGUUCAACCCAAUGGCCUAAUUGUCACGUACCAAAUCGAAUACAAAAGAAUAGACAUAAAAAAUAUAAAGCCAACGGUGGUGUGCAUUACAAGACGCGAUUUUACCAAUGCGGGUAACUCGUACCUCUUGAAAGACCUCCCUGCUGGAAAUUAUUCCGUAAAGGUCCGAGCCACGAGCUUGGCCGGGAACGGCGCGUAUACCGAGCUGAGAUAUUUUUAUGUAGAGGAAUACGGCACGAUCAGCACAUUCUGGAUUUUGUCCUUGUCGUUUUUUUGCAUCAUCAUGAUACCCGUUUUAAUGGGGGUGUUUCACGUGUGUAGAAGAAAAUUAUCGGGAAAUGCUAGUAUGAGACUGAUCGCGACAGUGAAUCCGGAAUACGUGAGCACCGUGUACGUGCCGGACGAGUGGGAGGUGCCCAGAAAGAAAAUCGAGUUGUUGCGGGAGUUAGGGAACGGUUCUUUCGGAAUGGUGUACGAGGGGGUGGCCAGGGACGUCGUCAAGGGCAAGCCGGAAGUACGAUGCGCCGUGAAGACCGUGAACGAGAAUGCGACCGAUCGUCAACGCAUAGAAUUUCUCAACGAGGCGUCCGUGAUGAAGGCCUUCGACACUCAUCACGUGAUUAAAUUGCUGGGCGUAGUGUCGCAGGGCCAGCCUACAUUGGUUGUUAUGGAAUUGAUGGUGAACGGCGAUCUGAAGACAUACUUGAGGAGCCACCGGCCGGACGUCUGCGAGAAUUUCUCCAGGCAGCCGCCGACGUUGAAGAGGAUCUUGCAAAUGGCGAUCGAGAUCGCGGACGGCAUGGCUUACCUCGCCGCGAAAAAAUUCGUCCACAGAGAUUUGGCUGCGCGCAAUUGUAUGGUAGCUGAGGACCUCACCGUGAAAAUCGGCGAUUUCGGGAUGACGAGGGACAUAUACGAGACCGAUUACUAUAGGAAAGGAACCAAGGGGCUCCUGCCUGUCCGGUGGAUGGCGCCGGAAAGUUUGAAGGACGGUGUGUUCACCAGUUUUUCAGACGUCUGGAGUUACGGAGUCGUUCUGUGGGAAAUGGUAACGCUGGCUUCGCAGCCGUAUCAAGGCUUGUCAAACGAUCAGGUGUUGCGUUAUGUGAUAGAAGGAGGGGUCAUGGAACGUCCAGAAAAUUGUCCCGAUUCGCUGUAUAACUUAAUGAGGCGCACUUGGAGUCAUAAAGCUACGAGAAGACCUACCUUCAUAGACAUCGCGACGAUGUUGCUGCAAGAAGUUAAUAUAGAGGCCUUUGAGAGUGUUAGCUUUUACCACAGCUCGGCAGGGAUCGAAGCUCGAAAUCAAAAUAGCUCACAUUCACCGCAAAAUGACAAAGAUUUAGAGAUGGCCGCUCUGCAAGACCUGCGGGAGGAGGAGAUCGAGGGUGAGGAAGAUUCGCCGCUGCGUCAGGAUUUCGGCGACUUCGCGAGUUUUGAGCCUACCAGUAUUAAAGACGACACGAGCCCGCGUUACAUAAACGCGUACGGUGAAAAUUCGAAGGCCGUUUCCUCUUUCCAUGACAUGAACUCGUCGAAGGUACCUCUCAAAGCUGGCUUCGACGAUUUCGACGGCGUCUCCGGGGAUUCGCUCGCAUCCAGUAAGGACACGUUGAACCUGCCUUUCGUAGAGGACAGCCUUAAAUCGGUCAAGAGCUCGCCUUUUAUACAUAACAAAAGUACAUCCCGCAGUAACGUAAGUCACGCAUCCCUGGGAAAGUCCGCGAGUCCUCAGAGUUUAGUUAAGCGAAGCUUCCUCGACAGUCCGAAUCCCUCGUGUAAGAAGCCCCGCGGUAGUCCCGAUUACGAAAAUCGGAGCCCCGAAAUCAUGCUGGGCCUCGAGAAGGGGGAGAUCACCACCACCCCCUUGCACGUGAACUUUCCGUCUAUGGACGCUAUUGAUAUCGAUAUUAACGGUGACAAGAGCGACAGCAAGAGCAUGGGCGAGUAUGUGAACAAGCCGGGAACACUGAAUAACGGUUACAUCGGUAACACCACCACGUAGCUUCGUUGAGCCCUGCAACGUUAAUCGGCGCCCUUUCGGCGCGGAGAGAACGCAUGUACAUGAGACAACUUGGAAAUUGAUUGUCCUCGGUGAAUAAAUAUCGACACGAGUAUAUAUCAACAAAAAGGCAGUGUCUGUGCCAAAUUAAUAAGCACACUGGGUCGCAGUUUCGAGAGAAUCGCACUGAGAACGCGCGUGCGUUCGCGCAUGCGAAAGACGCCGNGGGGGGGGGGGGGGGGCAUUUCUCUUGUGUGCGCGAAGCACUUCGCCGCUCGCGUUGCGCUUCUUUUAGACUAACAUAAGUUGUACUCAUAGGUUUUACAUUUUAAAUGCUCUAGACGUAAUCGAGUGCAGGUCCUAACAAACAAGUGAAGUUUCCUUAUACGGGUGUUACCAUGUCUUAAUUCCGUCUCUCUAAAUGUAAAUUAAAAUAUUGCUACGCGUGUACAGCUAAUUAUAUAUUUGUUGCGCGAUGCAUGCCGGAGAAAGAGCGAAUAUAUUUAUAUCAGAUACUGUCUUUUUGAAGCUAUCGCUAGUAGCGUACGUUAAUAUGAGAAAUUUAGCUUCAGCUGAAGACAUCCGUUAUCGCGGAGUCGCAUAAGGAGCUCCGGUUUAAGCCAAACGUCUCUCCUCGAAAUUGGGCUAUACACUGUGAGAAGAAAACUGCGGAUAUCUCCGUGUGGGGUGGCAGUGCCAUGCCAUGAUGGGAUACUCGCUGACAAAUAUGUGACAGCCCAUCUCCCCCAUUCACUAUUUAGCGUGUAAGCGUGUGUAUCAAAGAAUUGAGCUGGUUGAUUGUUUGUAUCAUAGAAUUUUCGUUUAAUUUUCAGUCGCAAAAAAGGUACGCUAGUUUCUGCUCUAAGUACUAUAUAUUUGUAAAGCAUCGGUUCAUUUUCCGACCUUGUAAUAAAUAUAGCGAAACAAAUUGGCGAUUGGGUCGAUUGAUAUGUUGGUACAAUGUUCUGUUCGCAGAGAGAGAGAGAGAGAGAGAGAGAGAGAGAGAGAGAGAGAGAGAGAGAGAGAGAGAUAACGUAUUUCAUAAAUUAUAUAAAAUAUGUAAAAUGUGAAUUGUGCGCCUGGUCGCCACUUUGUACGAUUUUAGGCUUCAAAUUCGUACAAUAGCAUAGAGUCGAUAUAUUUGUUGGAAGACACACACACACACACACAUACACACACCCACACACACACACCACACAUAUAUAUAAAUGUAGAAGGUGAUUCAGAAUAAGUCAACUUAGCAAAUACAAAAUAUAUAUGUAUACAUUUAUCGCGCGUUCCUCUAAUUUAGAAAUUUCUAUUAUAUUUAUGUUUUCUACGUUGUUUUAAUGUUUCUCGACUUUACAAUAUCAGUUGACCUAAAGUUCUGAAUCCACCAAUUGCUUGAUGUAUAACAAGAGAACUGGAGAGUAAGGAAUUCUUCAAGUUGAAAACCUCUUCGGUAGCGAGCGUUCGGCCGGCGAACGUUCACGCGAUACACAUUGAGUUCACAGUACACUCCAUAGAAAAUCCACUUUAAUUGUGUUAUCAUACGAAUCAUAGCGAAAUACUGAAAUGAGAGCGUGGUCAGUCCACUGCUUUAUCGUCUUCGAUAUUGACGUCAUAAUAUCGUAUCGUCAGUUCCGAAACCACCACGAUCAAAUUAAGGGUGUUGCUAAGGAUACGUCGAAUGUUAAUUUGAACGGCGCCCUACUCUCGUUUCUCAUCCUAUUUAUCUAGACAAUAUAGCGCAAUGUAUAGACAUCCAACAAAGCAAACCAACACGAAGUAAAGCUAUAUACCGUGUGUGUGUGCGAGAAGUUUCGGGACGGAGCGCGAGUCGAGAAUCGUAAUAGAGCCCGCGAAAGAAGGAACUCGGCCGUCUGACAUCAUUCUAAUCUCCGUCAAACUCGAGCGCCGCAUUAACGUUUCUGAAGCCGACGUUAAGUGACUUAGUCCUUAGGAUCUCCCCUUUCUUUGUAUGUCAUCGCCGAAGCUCUGUCCCGAAACUUUCUCGACGUACCUUGUACAUAUAACAUAUAACAUAGGCUACGCGUCUAUGUAAGUGUCAGUGCCCGCAAUAAAUAUUUUGAGCCUUGAGAAAUUGACCAAUCACGGUUAAUUAUUCUCUUCGUAUCCGAUUGUGAUUGGUCAGUUUCUUAAGGCUUAAAUAAAAUACCUAUUGUGGACCGACGCUAAUGAAAUACUAUUUCGUGGAGCCGGCGUGUGAGAUCACUCAUCGCCACCGUCAGCGUCUUCCAAGAAGGACGCGUUCUCCUCAAUCAACGAUAGAUAUCGCUCCUUUUCGAUCGGCAAUGUCAACGCAUUACAUCCCCGUAAGGAUUUCACCACACCGUGCAAUUCGUAGUCAUGAGUCAUGAUGAAUUUCCACACCGUGCAAUAGUUGUUAGCGUCCGCCGGGUUUGCCGCUCGGCAAGCAGGAUCCUCCGCAGCAGCUCUCUCUCUCUCACGUGCGCGUAAUCACCGCGCCCGCCGCCGGGCGGUUCGGUUUCAGCGUCGCUCCACGAAAUAGCCGAAAUUCAGAGGCAUACCACGUGCUUUUGAGUAGACGAGAGAACGUAGACUGUUUUAGCCCGGUGAGAAAAAAGAAACCAGAUCGAUCGCGACGGACGGGAAGAAGACCCUCCCCGGUCGGAUGGCGAGAAUAUGCGUCCGUCGCGAUCGUGAAAUAAUUCAUAACGGAUGGCAAAGUCCUAGUAAACGAAUGAGCUAUAGGAGAAGAAUUUAUACGAGCAACGCAAUGCAAUGCAGUUGAGUCUAGACAUAUAACGAGCCUCUAACACAAGACUGAUUAGCUAAUCCCACACUUGUACAUCCGUAAUCUCUCAGUAAGUUAAAGAUACAAGACAAAAUGGUAGAAGUUCCGCAAUCGUUUCCAUAUCCGCAAACGACUCUCUCUCCUCGCCCGCCCAUCCCCCGCCCUUCCCUCGGUUUUAUUAUCUUGUUUAUUUCGCCAUAUAUCCGCUCGAAGGUGUA